CAACUGUCAUUGUUUCGUCCGAUUUCAUUUCGAACUUUCGAAGUUGCGAUUUCAUUUUCAAGACAAUAUAAUAAGUUCUAAUGUUAACGAUUGCUUAUUUAUAAAAUCAGUUUCAAUUCACUACUUAAGAAACUAUUAAGUACAUUUAAAAACAUGAUUACAAAUUUUGAUAAGCUAUGUACAGAAUUAGAGAAACAAGAAUUGGAGGCAACAAAUGGAGUCGCUUCAAUAUCAACAUAUGCACAAUUAUUAGCAAUAUACCUUUAUCAAAAUGAUCUAUGUAAUGCAAAAUUUUUAUGGAAAAGAAUCCCUCAAAAUAUUACAAGCAGCAAUCCUGAGUUAAUGGCAAUAUGGGCUAUUGGACAAAAACUAUGGAAGAAAGACCUCGCUGCUACUUACCAUGCUCUGUCUGCCUACAUAUGGACGGAACCAGUUGCUAAUAUAAUAAGAGCUCUAGAAGAGAAAGUUCGUGAAAGAGCAUUUAAUUUGAUCGGACGUUCAUAUAGUACUAUAUCCGUAGACACCGUGGUGCUUAUGACAGGACUGAGUCGUGAAGCAGUUUUUCAAAUAUGCCGAGACCGUAAAUGGGAUAUUCACGUUGAUGGAGUCACCAUCAUACCAACUCCACCCUCUCAACCCGCUCCUCUACAUACCUCAAGUGAAGACCAAUUGUUCAAGCUCACAGAAUUUGUGUCAUUCUUAGAAAACUAAAUUUAGAAUUAUGUUUAUUUAAAAAUAAAAAAAUUGGCUAAUUAAGUGUA